AUGGUCUAUUUCGAAGCCUAUCCGCUCACGGAGCUCGACCACCUAUUGAUGCAGGCGUACAUGCAUUUAUUUUUGGCAUUUAAGACAACUAAAAUUGAGGAAAAUAUAGCACUGCUGGAAAAUGGAGUGUCGUGCCUCAUCCAGGAACGGCCGUUUCUCGCGGGCACGAUAGCGAAGCCCCGACCGGAGCGCCCCAGCCAAAGGGCAUAUCAAGUUCAACCACCUUCUAGCUCAGACCUCCAAGCCAGUCCCAUGCUACACGUCAAAGUUCAUAGCGCACCUAUCUCGAUUCUGGAGCGGGCGGAGGAAACACCAGUGGAAUUAAUCGCGGUCAAGCCCCAGUCGCCGACCCCAUUCCCAGCACCAGCGCUACGGUUUCAGGCAAACAUCAUGACCGACGGCAUCAUAUUAUCGGUCUCCUGGCAUCAUCGCUUCAUGGAUUCGUUUGGCUGUCAAGCUGUGUUUGAAGGCCUGUCGCAAUUCUGCCGGCUGAAGGGGAGUGCUGGAGAUACGCCAAUGACCGGCUCUCCGAUGCAGGACGCCACUCGCCAACAAAUUAGCAACAUCGGUGGAUCAGCAAAGAACCAUACGGCGUUUUCAGACGCUUAUACGUACGCAAAGAGCCAUUACCAAACUGAGCAAAUGACGCGCGGUUAUGUGCUUUGCCCUCGAAAAGUCGAGACACUCAAGAAGGCGUGCAAUUCCCGACUGGCGGAGGUUGGGCAGUCGCUCAAAUUCAGACUCAGCUGCGACGAUAUUGUCACGGCAAUCAUUUGGCUCUCUGCAGCCCAAGCACGCAACCGGGCCUUUUCCGUGCCUCACUCAUCGCUCCUUCGAUAUGUCAGCAUACGCAAACUAUUGAACCCAGAUGUUUCGACUACCUUCUUUGGGAAUACAGUCGCUCUGGCAAAAUCCCACUGCAACGUGCAUAAGCUCUCAUCGACGGAUCAUGACUCCUACGAGGCAUGCGAAGCCGCCCCAGGCAUGACUCGCGAGGCAAUAGACGAUUUAUCGCACCUGGCCUGGUUCAUUCGAUCAUCAGACUCAAGCAUAGACGCGAGCCAUGUGGGAGACCUUCUCGCGACACUGAGAGCCUCGUUCGACUGGGACUCACUUACCGUCUCCCCUGCGGACGUGUCGGUUGCUAGUCUUCGGAAGCUUACUCUUUAUAGUCUUGAUUUUGGGGACUCAUUUGGCCCUGUGAGGGACGUGGAUCUUAUAGACUCCAAUCUCCAUGGCCAGUGUAUUAUUAGACCUCCCAGACAUUCUACUUCAGAUUCACCGUGGGAAAUUCGAAUGGCGCAGCCAAAGAAGGUCUUUCACUUUUUGGAAGCGGACCCUGUAUUAACAUGGGCUAGAGUCAAUGGGUAUCCGAGGUUGUAA